UCUCUUUUCACAUUUUCCUCUCCUUUCUCGAGAAAAUUCUCGCUGUAGAAAAAGGUGAAUCGUCUUAUCUUCCGAGUUCCACAAAGCUUCGAGUCUUUCUCUUGCGCCCAAAGGCUUUGAAAAUUUGAAAAGGUACCAUUAUUUCCCGUUUCUCUCUCUAGUUUUAUCGAUUUUAACUCUCUCUCAUCUCCUUCUCUCUCUAUCAUUUUCCGGCAAAGUCCUGCACCGAGAAAAUAGAACAUUUUCAGGUCCGUACUGUAUAUGUUGCUGCAUAUAGACGUAUAGAUGGCGCUGGGUGCAAUUUCAACCUGUGGUGGUGCUAAAGGAAGCACACUUCCUAAUCAUGCCAUUCGAACAGCUAAUCUCUCACAUUCUAGCUCUUUCAUGCCAAGUGGGAAUGUUGGAGCUCUUCAGUUUAGACUAAAAGUAAAAAAAUCAGUUUUUAGGUAUCAAAUCUUUCCACUAUUCAUGAAAGAGAAGGGGAGCCUAACCCCAAGGACUUUAGUUUUUGCUGCGCAAAAAGAAAGUGAUGAAUCUGAGAGUGGCAGCUCGCAGUCUUGCAUUGAAGAUCAAAUGCAUAUGGCCCCGGAAUAUAAUGAUGGUUCUAGGGAUCCAGAUGUGGAAGUUGCUUCCAUCACGCUCUCAGAGGCAGAUCUCUCUCAAAGUGCUGUGCAGCUGGGAAACCAAGGGAACCUUCUUGACAAACUAAAGGCUGUUCACUUGCAUAUAUUGGCAAUGGAACAAUGGAAUGCUUCCCGAAUUAAAUUAUGCCACAGAAAUUACAUGGCGAGUGCUACAAACUUAAUCCAUUACCUGGCAUUGAAAUGCCUUGAUGUUGAGCAGCUCAAAGAAGAUCUUUCAUCUGUAGGUCUUCUGAAUUUGGAAACCAUCAAUCCAUGUGUCAUUGCAAAUCUCACUGCUGGCAUCCAGAUGUUGGAAAACCUGAAAUCUUACCCUCUGAACAUCAAAGAGAAUGCUUGUGGAGAAAUUUCCAAUAAAAAAAGUUUGGACAAACAAAAGAAAGGGGAAUUUAUCAUAGAUACAAUGAGGAAGAAAGCAUCCUCCAAUAUGAAGAUAUUAUUGGGCCCACUUGCAGAUGAAAGAACUGCUCAUAUCAUGGUAACAGUUGGGCAAGAAGUGACUGAGAAUGAAACACUUAUAACUGAUAUACUCAAGAGUGGGGCCACCAUUAUUAGGAUUAAUUGCGCACAUGGAAACCCGAGCAUCUGGAGUGAAAUAAUCAGAAGGGUGAGAAGAAGCUCUCAGAUGCUGGAGAAGCCAUGUCGAAUUCUCAUGGACUUAGCUGGACCAAAGCUACGGACAGGCAACAUGAAGGCUGGUCCAUGUGUGAUUAAAAUCUCUCCUAAGAAGAAUGCUUGUGGAGAUAUAAUGCUACCUGCUCAAGUUUGGUUAUGUCACAAAGGAGCAAAUCCCCCUGCUGGGCAUAUAUCCCCUGAUGCAAUUCUAUCUAUAGAUGGCCAAAAAUUUCUCAAUAAGCUUCAGUUGGGUGAUACUGUGAGAUUCCGUGAUGCAAGAGGAAAAAAAAGGACACUGAAGAUUUGUAAUAGAUUUCCUGUCUUUGCUGGUACUGCAUUCAUGGCCGAGUGCAACAGGACUGCUUAUGUUCAGUCAGGAACUGGACUGUACAUUAAGGGACAGAAACACAAGUCCUCUGUUGGAGAAGUGGUGGACGUUCCCGCCGUUGAGCAGUUUGUCAGAUUAAGAGUUGGAGACUUGCUGAUCAUAUCACUAGAUAGCUCAAUCGAACAGGAUGAGCUGACUCAACCUACAGUUGAUGCUUAUAGGGUAACUUGUCCAUCUAGUUUUCUUUUUGAUUCAGUCAAACCAGGCGAACCCAUUGCUUUUGAUGAUGGGAAGAUUUGGGGUGUAAUCCAAGGAACAAGUGCUUCAGAGAUUAUUGUAUCAAUCACUCAUGCAAGUCCAAGAGGCACUAAACUUGGUGCAGAGAAAUCAAUCAACAUCCCGGAGAGCAAUAUCAGGUUUGAAGGCCUCACUACAAAGGAUCUCAUGGAUCUUGAAUUUGUUGCUGCUCAUGCUGACAUGGUGGGAAUUUCAUUCAUCCGAGACGUUCGUGACAUUGUUGUGCUUCGUGCAGAGCUGGAGAAGAGGAAGCUUCACAACCUAGGAAUUGUGUUAAAGAUUGAAACAAGCAGUGGGUUUGAUAAACUGCCUCUCUUACUGUUGGAGGCAAUGAAAUCACCAAAUCCCUUGGGAGUUAUGAUCGCCAGAGGAGAUCUUGCAGUGGAGUGCGGUUGGGAAAGGUUGGGGGAUAUACAGGAAGAAAUUCUAUCGAUUUGUAGUGCUGCCCAUGUACCAGUCAUUUGGGCUACUCAGGUUCUUGAGUCGCUUGUCAAGUCUGGCGUGCCUACUAGAGCUGAACUUACAGAUGUGGCCAAUGGAAGAAGGGCAAGUUGCAUCAUGUUAAACAAAGGCAAGCACAUUGUGGAUGCAGUUUCUACUUUGGAUAUCAUCCUGCAAGGCAAGUCCACAAAGAUGAAAGCAGAGCUCAAGCCUCUUGUACUUUCUAGCCACCUGUUUUAAUGCCAGUCCGCUUCUUAAUCUCCAGCGGUUAAUUUCCUGUAGAACGUUAAGCAGCUUUCUGUACUGAUUUUGAAUUAAUAGAAAUGAAAAAAAUAUUGUACCA